GAUGGUGAAAUCGUUGGCCUCGCUGGCAGCGGAAGUGUGGAAGCAGAUUUGACAGUUCAGUAGCAACAGCAGAGCUGCAAAGAAACAAUGUUGCAGUUGCAUUUCACGAAUGAUACAUUACCCGACCAUGUCUGCACUGACUUUCAGAAUCUGAAUAAGUUCAGUGAACAGCAGUUUGUGAGACUGACAGAGAUCUUAUACCAGUUCCUUCUAGAACCCAAAGAGUCAGAGCGGUUCUUGCGUCAGUUGACAGAGUUUGCUGGAGAGAAUGGGAUGAGUGCAGGACCACUGAGGGCUCUGAUGAAGAGUGUCCUCAUCCUACCUCACGGUGCUUUAAAAAGAAACCUAACAGCUGAACAGGUGAAGGCAGACUUGCUCUCAUUAGGAUUAAAUGAGGACAAGGCCAGUCAUUUCUCUGACCAGUGGAGAAUCCACUACCCUGUUUUGUCCAGACUGGCUGUGGGACAGACACUAAUGGUCAACCAACUUGUUGACAUGGAGUGGAAAUUUGGUGUUACCGUUGGUACAAGUGAGCUGCAAAAGACCGGAAACAUUUUUCUACAGCUGAAACUGGUGAUCAGAAAAGGAAACAAGACCGAAAAUGUGUACAUGGAGCUGACUUUACCUCAGUUCUAUAACUUCCUUCAUGAGAUGGAGCGCGCCAAAGCCAGUAUGGAUUGUUUCAGUUAACUGAGGUCAUUGUGAUCAGAGUUAUCCUCUUUGUCUGUAAUUAAUCAGUAAAUAAAUGUAAUGUUCACAAACUCAUAUAAUGUUUCAACUUUAAUAAUUAUAAUUCACUAAUCUUAUUCAGUUGUGUGAUUGUUUGUGUGUUUUUGUUUGGGACAAAGACGACAUUCCACAUUGAUGCUCUUUAUUGAUCUUCUGUUUAUUAAACCUUUGAUAAAUUUC